GCUUGCAUGCACAAAUCGAACCGUAGAAUAUUAUUUAUAUAAAUUUAAUUACAAUUACUUUUUGGCGUUUAAUGUGGCAGAGUGCAAGUGGAUCUACAUACAUAUACAUAGCUUUCUUACGUACAUACGUCUACUCUUGAGAUACAUACAUGCUCAUUAAAAUGUAUGCACAAUGAUGACAAACCAAAAUUGCAUCAGUUAGUUAGGCAAACGCUGGAUAAUGUUUUACAUUAUAUCACUAAAUCAAUCUGAAAUUAUGCUGCGUCUUGUGAACAUUUAUGGCUAACGUAAGUAAAUUUGGCUACGUUAAGUACACCUGAACUUUUACAAAGCUCUGUAGAGAACCAAAACCCAAAGUUUCACUUUAUUCUUGGUGCAAAAAAUUGGCCAGGGCUGUAAUUCUUAUCCUCAUUUAGUUGAUCUUAUGUGAUUUCUUUGUAAAGCCGUUAAAAACUUGAACAAUUUCAAAAAUGAGACAAAAGUUUCACUUGCAAUUGGUGGUAGUUUUGUUACUUGUUAACAAUAUUUCCGAAAUCAAACUGGAAGAGGUUUCACAAACAUCCAGUCCAAAUAUCGAACCUAUUACUGAAACAACAACAAGCUCAUUACAAGAUAUUGAAUCAGAAACACUAAUCUCGAUAAUUGAGAGUGACGAUGUUCUCGUAUUUAAUACUACUGAUGACGACGAAAUCUCGGACAACGACAAUGGAACGUUAUAUGAACCUGUGUUUGAAACGACUAUGAUUAGCAGCACAACUCUUGAUAACGAGAUUGACUCUGAAGAAAUUAUGUCAAACACAACCAAACUAGAAAAUAAGUCUCCUGAAAUUUCUUCUGCCGACUGUAAGGAAGGAAUGUUAUGUGAGUUAAAACCAGAAAACAAGACAGCUAAAAUCCAAGUCAAAACUGGAUUAAAAAAUAACAGCAAAUCUAGAAAUGUACAUCAGCGACAGACAAGUCGAAGUGGGGGAAAUGCAAAGGUUCCAGUAUCCUGGGGUCUCUAUGUGCUAAUAAUGCUUAUUAUCCUAUAGGUAACAGGGGUGGGCAAGAUACUUUGGUCAUAAGAUACAAGAUACAAGAUAAGAUACUUUCUAGGAUAAGAUAUGAGAUACAAGAUAAGAUACUUUCUAGGAUAAGAUAUGAGAUACAAGAUAUAAGAUACAUCUUGUUCAAGUACACAAGAUACAAGAUACAAGAUACUUUCCUAAAAAUUGAGUAGUCAAGAUACAAGAUACAAGAUAUGUAUCUUAAGAUACUUUUAUAUUAGAUAAGAUACUUUAUUUUUUUAGCCUGAUAUUCAUGCCCAAUUAGUCAUGUUUAAUAAUUUAAACGAGAAAAUCUGGUGAGUACAAAAUUUAAAAUCAUUCUAUAAUCAUACAAAUUUUGUUGCCAGUGCUUGUAUUUCUAAAAAUUUCUAAGUUUCGAAAAACUAGACCUCUAACUAACAUGCGUAUAUUUUUACGAAGUUCGUAAUAUAUUCCCUGCUUAUUCAAAUCAAACUAAACCCUACAAUACCUAUACAUUACAGAUAGUUAAAAGCGUAGUUACAUAUCAUGUAAUGUGCAAUGCACGUUGUGCAUGUGUAUGUGUAUAUGUGCACAUGAACUUAUAUACAUAUAUAUUAUAUACAGAGGGGUGGGACAGAAGAAGGAGCCACUUUGCCUAAAUUUAUUCCGGCCUUAUUAUUCGUUUGUGAAGUUUGGUAAUUGGUUCAGUGUGAAGCCCUUUAGUUUAUCUAACGAGCCUCAGUCGCUUUUUCCAACCAGUCAUGACCUUUGACACAAUUUUCAGAGUGAUUCUGCACCACUCGUCCUGAACACUUUUCCAAAGUGCAUCAAAACGCACGCGUUUUCCUUUCAAGAAGGCUCUGUUUUAAGUACUCGAAUCCAAAAAAAAACAUCGGAUUGAUAUCAGAGGAACUAACGAGAGUUUCUAUAGUAGGAAUAAUUGUUAUACCCAAACUUUUUUUAAAAUCCUUCGUGUAGGCUGAUAUUUUGUGAGAAAUAAGUUGGGAUGAGAGCAUGAUCUCGGGAUUUCCUACGAGUCACUUGCUGUAGGUCAUUGUGAAUGACUCUAGAAAUGUUCUCCUACUAACGUUUAACAUUUUCGCCAUGCAACUUUUAGUUGGUGGAUUUACCGUUUUGGCGAAAAAUUGAUUUUCCGGAUAAACUUUUUGGUUCAAGCGGAUCUUGGGUAUCCUUUCCGUGGGGGUGGAGCUCUAACCGCUUUUUCCCUCCGCUUGAUUCCAACGUUUUUAAGUACAUUAGAAACGUACUUUCGAUCGACGAUAAAUACAUUUGCAGCAAAUUUUCUAACAAUCGCUCUCUGGCUCAGUAUGUCUUUGGAAAACACUUUUAUGCGUGCCUCGCACUCUGGGGGGUGCUGCAGGGGCAUUUUUAACCGUAGG